CACAACUCUGUACGUGAAGGGCGCAUCCAAAAGCGCAACGGCACGGUUCCGGACCUUUCUGAUGGACGUCCUUCCAUCCGAAGCCAUCGGCUGGAUGCAGAUGUUUCUGGGAUAUUGCCUCACCGGAGAGACGAGUGAGGAGCUCUUCGUGAUCAUGAACGGGGAAGGGGCAAACGGUAAAAGCGUAUUGAAACAGGCAUUGCGCAAGGCGUUUGGAAACUAUAGUGCGGUUGGAAACAAGGCUAUUUUCAUCAAGCCUUCCUUUAGGGCCGACGCGUCUGCAGCUUCAUCGCACUUGAUUUACAUCAAGUCCUCUCGUUUUGUGAUAGGUGACGAAAGUGAGAAAGACAACCAUCUCAACGACUCGUUCAUAAAAGAGGCGAGCGGAGGCGGGGGAAUCAACGCACGAGAGCUGUUUUGCAGGACGCAAGAGUAUGUCCCGCGGUUCAAGCUGUGCUUGUUAACCAACUUCAGGCCCCGUUUUCCCUCUGACGAUGUCGCCUUGAUCCGCAGGAUCGUGCUGAUCAUGUUCAACUAUAUUUUUAAGGCUCCGGACGAGUUUGACGCUAGCAACAAAUACCACAAGCCCAUUGACUUGACUCUAAAGCCUUAUUUCGAAUCAGAGGAAGGAGCUGCCGAUGUCCUGGACUUUUGCGUCGAAGGGGCGACGAUGUAUUACGCAAAGAAGAGAGAGUCGCCAACCUCAAAGGUACUCUCUCCCAUUCCAGAGGCCUUUAGCGCUGCUGCUCGUGAAUAUGCAGAGGAGAAUGACAAGUUGCAGAUGUUUAUUGAUGAGUCGUGUAUCACAGGCGUUUCAUUUGCUGUCACAAAGGCCGACUUUGUCGAGCACUUCACGGCAUUUUUAUACGCCGGUGGGUACGACACGAGCUUGGCUGGCGACGGUCUGGGAAGGGCGAUGGCCAUUAAGGGCUUUUCCAAAACACCUCUGGAUGGAAAGAAGAACAAGAUGAUCAAGAUGCUCAAUGGGAAUGGGAGAAAGGGGGGAUUCUUUGGUCUCCGUUUGAAGACGGAGGAGGAGAUGCAGAAGGAGUAG